UAUUUUUUUUUGUAACGUUGUUUAUUUAUCUAUCGAUAUGUUUUGGAAAGGAAGCUUUUUUUGUUAAAUAUAGCAUAACCAUUUUUAUUAUAAAACUCCAAAACCUCACAGUUAAAUUUUCAACUUAUGAAUGAACAUCAGCAAGUAGAAUAAAAUUUCCACGAAAACGUUAAAAAAAUUUUUUAUUCUAAGUUAUAAAAAUUAAAGAAUAUCAACUGAACCUUAAUGAUGUGCUUCUAGCUUUUUAAAAAAGAUGAUGCUACAUUUAACUGUAAUAUUUGUAUUAUUUGGAACAUUUGAAAGUACAACAUUUUAUUCAGAAGUAUGUCCUAAAGAAAACUCAUACAUAGCAAAUAAUAAUACAAAGUUAAUUAUUAUUGGAAAUGUACUUACAGUCUUUCACAAUUCAACAGAAAUUGAAGUUGACAUUUUGGGAACUAUUCUUGGAAGCACAAAUUUUCAAACUAUAAAGCUAACAUGGAAUCCAGUUUACUCAUUUGAAUGCUCCUUUAUAUACAAAAAUAAAAACAUUGUAUUGUUUAUUGGAGAUAACAAUCAACUUUUAUCAGUUUCAAAAGUAAAGUCUUUUAAUACAGGGGAAUCUUUUGAAGUUCAUCGAAGUCGUAGAGAAACAACCUGUAAAAAAAAAUGUUACUUUGGUGGUGUGUGUGUCAUACACCCAUAUACAAGAAAAGAAACAUGUUCUUGUCAUCAAAUUUUUUGCUCAAAAGAAUAUGAUCCAGUCUGUUCAACUGAUAAUUACACCUAUCCUAAUGAAUGUGUAAUGCGACACAAUUCAUGUAUUAAACAAACAAACUAUACUGUUGUGCACCAAGGAGUUUGUAACAUAUUUACCUGCCAUGACUUGAAAAGGGCUGGAUUUGCAUCACUUGAUGGAGAAUAUUACAUCAAUGUGAACAAGACUUGUAAUGUUCCAAUAAAAGUUUAUUGUGAUGGAAUGAAUACUGACUCUCCUAAAGAUUACAUAUCUUUAGUUGCUGGAAAAUCAAAAAAUUAUGCUAUCAUGUAUGAAAAAAUGAUGAUAAAUAAUGAACAAUGCUCUGGUGAAACACAGCAGACCCAAUAUAGAAAAGCAGGAAUAACACAAUUCACAAAGAUUCGAUUAAACUUAAAAACAAUGACUGUAGUAACAGAUGAUUUUAAAUUUGCUGAGACAAAUCAAGAAGGUAAUCCUGUUGCAUACGGUACAGCAGGUGACUGUUUUUCAUCAAAUAUCAGUUCAGAAUGUCGAAAAGGAUCCUUUAUGAUUGACUUAACUGGAACUGGAUUAAAGCUCAAGGACAACACAAGUUGGAAAGUUAUAUCUACUAUCCCUGGUAUAGGAAUUGCUGAUUUUAAAAAUAAAGAUAACAUCAAGAUAUCAGCAAAAUGUGGGGGAAAGUGUGGACAUUGCCAACCUGUUCAAGACCUACAGCUUCAACUUCAACAAUGUUCUUUCCAAAAAGAUGCUUGUGCUGGUAUCAAUUGUCCAUUUUAUGGAUCAUGCCAAGUGAUAAAUGAUAAAUAUCAAUGUGUGUGUCCUAUAUGCUCUACUGAAUCUUUACCAGUUUGUGCUGAUAACGGUAAAACUUAUUCAAGUGAAUGUGAAAUGAGAAGAGUUGCUUGUCUCACCACUACUGCUAUUCGACUAAAAACAUAUGGAUCAUGUGGUAUUAGUUCUUGUUUCUCAAAAAAAUGUGGAAUGUAUUCUAAUUGUGAAGUAAGGAAUGGUGUUGAAGUAUGUGUAUGUCCAACAAAGUGUUCGAACAUAUAUAAACCAGUUUGUGGAUCAAACAAAAGAACUUAUUUUAAUUACUGUUAUCUUAAAAUGGACUCUUGUGAGAAAAAAAUAGAUGUAACAAUUACAAAUAAAGGAGUUUGUAUUUACAAAGCAAAUGAACCAUUUUCUUUUGAUAUCAUGUUUGCCUUUGGAGGAGGUAAAGAAAGUUCAGAUCAUAUUUUUAUACAGCAAAAGAAUUUUGUCAAAACGUUUCUAGAAUCCUUUGAAUUACCUAUUAUUAAUAACUUUAUUAAGUUAGGAAUAAUGGAGUUUUUUAAUUCUGGAUCUAUUAUAAAAAAUUUGCAUGAUAAUUAUACAAUUUCACACACAAGAAACUAUCUAGAUAAUAUAAACAACUUAUAUACUGGAGAAUCUAUUGGUCGCAGUUUGAAUAUGGCAGCAGAUAAAGCUUUUUUUUAUUCUCAUAUUGAUUCACUUAAGUUCUUGGUGUUGUUUACUGAUAACAUAAUUGAAACAGAAAAUUUGCUGUUAGAAGAAGCUAAACAAAAAAUGAAAAAGUUAGGUGUAAAUCUUGUGCUUAUUUCUACAAACACUGACAUUAAUAUGGCAGAAAUCAAAUUUCUUUUAAGUGAUUCUACAAAUGCAAUAACUGAUUUAUCAAGUAAAGAUUUUAUGUUGUCUUAUGAUAGAUUUAUGGACAUCCUUAUAAAAGCAAAAUGUGAUCAUUUAAAAUGUACUGGAGAUAAAGAUUGUGAUGCAAAUCAUUUUACUAGUAUGCAAUGCAAAUGUACAAUAAAUUGUCAAACAUCUAUGAAACCAGUUUGUGGAACAAAUGGUGUUAGUUAUAGUAAUAAAUGUUUAUUAAAAAAAGAAAGAUGUUUAAGGACCAGUAAGCUAGAAGUAUUGGCAUCUGGAUUUUGUAGACAAGAAAAAGGUGUUGAUACACUUUUUGUUGUUGAUGUGUCAGAGCAUUCAAGUACCAACACAAUAGAAAAUUUAAAAAUCUUUUUGAAGAGUUUUAUUAGUUCAUAUGACAUUGCUUCAGAUAGAAAUCGGAUCUCCUUUACAUCUUUUGGUAGCGAAAUUGAUGUGUUAUUAAAUUUCAAUGGUCAGAUGAAAAGCUUGAUUGAUGCAAUAAAUAAACUUAAGUUUAUUGGUGGAAAAAGAAAAAGUUUUCUUGCUUUGACAAGUGUUUUAUUGAAGAAUUUUUUACCAUCUAACUUCAACAUAAAGGAGAUCAUUCUGUUAACAUCAAUUAUAAAUACUGAUGAAAUAAAAGAUCUUUCUAAAGUUUACGAGGAAUUUUCAUUAAAUGGAAUUCAUUUCAAAAUAGGAGUUAUAGGAAAGUUAUCUGAAGAAGUUAAAAAUGUUUUAUUGAAAGAUAUCACCAGCAGAAGUAUAGUUGAAACUGCUUCUGACCAUUUACAAGAGUUUGCAAAUCUGGUUGCUUCUCCUCAGUUUAAAGUAUCUUAUUCAAAUGAUAUAGUUUUUGCUAUUGGAGGAAGUCAACCACAAUUGUUCGAACUACAAAAAAGUAUUAUCAUGAAGACAAUAAAUCAUUUAACUAUUUCUUUAAAGGAAAGUCGAGUUGGUUUUCUAACUUAUGGCAAGGACGUUGAUGAAAUAUUUCAAUUAGAGGAUUCAGUUGAUCAAAAUGUUGUCAUUAUGGCUUUAAAAAAUGUUAUUUUUCCUGAAGCUGGAUCAAAUAUAGACUUGCUACUUAAAAAGCUAAGUGUUUUGUUUGAAUUAGAAAAUUACAGCAGAAGUUAUUCAAAAGUUGCAAUCAUAUUUGCUGAAGAACAUGCAAGAUUAGCCGAAAAUCGUGAAUUGUUUGAGAAACUUUUUUCUCUUAAUGUUGCUGUAAUUAUAGUUUAUGUGAGCAAUAAUCAAAUUAUUCAAGUUCCAAAAAUUCCAAUUCAACAACUGAACAUGUUGUACAGUCCAGACUCCUUGUCUACUGAUAAUGUUGUUGAUGAUAUAUUUGAAACUCUUAGUAGAGACAAAUGUUCUGCGGUAAACUGUGAGUUCUAUGCAGUUUGUAUUCAAGAUGCUAGGGAUAUGGCAAAUUGUGUUUGCAAAACAGACUGUACUAUAGAAUAUAGACCAGUCUGUGGAAGUAAUGGUGUUAGUUAUCCAAAUAAAUGUGCACUGGAAGCUGCAAGUUGCAAGAACCAAUAUGAAAUUUUAGUUAUAAAGGAUGAAACCUGUGGUAUCAAAGAAAAAUUGAAUCUUUAUAUUGCGAUAGAGAACUCUUUUGAAGUUGAUGAGGAUUCAUUUAAGAUACUAAAACUUUAUGCUAAAGCAAUUAUUAAUGAGUUCAACUUUGGUUUAACUGAAACUCGUGGAUCAUUAAUUUUAUAUAAUAACCAACCAAAUAUUUUGCUGAAGGACUCAACUGUAAAAUCAGAGUUACUGAACCUUAUAGAUUUUAUAAGUCCUUUAAAAGAUGGUGGAUCUACAAGAAUUGACAGAGUUUUGUCAAAAAUUUCAGAGUUAAUAAAUUCUCAAAUAAACAGUCAAAAUAAGCUUACUUCUACUGUGGUUAUUAUUUCUAAAGAUUUGACAGGUGACCUUAAAAAUAUACAUAAAAUUUUUGGUGAUCUUCAAGAAAAAGCAAAUGUGUACUUGGCUACAUUAUCUAAAAGUAGUUUGAUUAAAGACAUGUUCAAUGACAAAAAGAAUGUGUUUUUCGUUGAUGAAAAUGAACCUUUAGGCUCGAUUAGUGCAUUACUUGAAGCUGAAGCAAUAAGUGUUGGAAGAGUUCAUGAUGAAAAACUAUUUGAAAUUAUUAUUGGUAUUGGGCUUAAUGGACAGAAUAAAGAUCAACUGGAGAAUGAAGCAAAAUUACACAUUGAAAAAAUUAUAAAUAAUGCUUCUCCUGAUUCCACUUUAAUAACAAUUUUUAAAUAUGGAGAUUUUCCUGCAACAGAAUUAGUAAAAAGUUCACAAUUAAAAAAUAUUUUGCCAAGUAUAAAGUUUAAAAAAAUGGUUUCAAAUGGAAACGAAAUUCAAAGUGCAUUUGAUUAUAUUUAUAACAUGGUACAGGAUGACACAAUUGGAAAGGCAUCUCAAAGAAAAGUUGUGUUCAUAACUGACCAAACACCAGACAUCUCUACAAAGCUUUUAUUAGAAAAUUUGUACAAAUAUGGAAUUAGUGUUUCCUUUAUUAGUGUAGGAAUUAAUGCUGAUCUCAGCAUAUUGUUAAGCUUAAGUGAGAAUUCUGUUAAAGUUGAAUAUAAAGAAUUUGGAAACUCGAAAAUCGUUGACAUAAAUUAUCUGUAUACAUGUACUAAAUUGAAUUGUUCAAUAAAUUCAUUGUGUUCUCAAAAAAAAGAUGGAAGUACUGAAUGUUCUUGUCCCAUUUGUAAAAGCGUUUUCAAGCCUGUUUGUGCAAGUAAUGGAAUUACUUUUGGAAACUUAUGUGAGCUAAAAAGAUUUUCUUGUAAAAAAAAUCAAUCUAUAUCUGUGGUUCAAGAAGCUCCUUGUGCUUUUAAUGCAAAUUUGGAUGUUGUAUUUUUACUGGAUAGCUCAGACAAGAUUACAGAUUAUGCAUGGUUUCAAAUUCUUGAUUUUGUAAAAAACAUGGCUACUAGCUUGCCCAUAUCCAAACAAAAGUUACGCGUAUCAAUCAUUAACACUGGAAGUCAUGUUAAAGUUGAAAUUGCUUUAAAUGAAAGCAAGUCACAAGAAUAUGUCAUUCAUACUGUCAACAAAAUAAAAAGAAUUUCAGGUCAACUAAAUCUAAUGAAGUCUUUGCUCAUUGUUCAAAAUGAAUUGUUCGGAGAAAAUCAAAGAGAAAAUGCUGGAAAACUUGUUAUAAGUAUUUUAAAUGGUGAAGUAAACAACAAUUUGAUAACUAAUUCAUUAAAUAUUAUUCAAGAAUUUCAAAAUAAGUUUGUAGAGAUGCUUGUUAUAACUGUUGGAGAUAAUGCUAAUUAUAAUUUGAAAUCAUUUGUUUCUUACCCUGAAUAUUUCAUUAAUUUCAACAAUUCUGGUAAUCUUUAUGAAGCAACACAUAUUAUAUCUAAAGCUGCAGGAAAUGCUGCAGUAACAUUGUUUGAAAGGGAUACACUUGUUGUUUUUUUACCCAGUAAAGAUACCAACACUUUGCAGUUGCGUAAAAUGGGAAAGAACUUUAUAUCUAACUACCCGAGCUUAUUGGGAAAUUCUCAUGUUGCUGUGAUGUCGUUUGAAAACAAUUUUAUUGACUGGGAAAAAGCUGAUAAAGCGAAUCGUUAUAAUUUGAUUACUCAAAUGACAGAGAUUCCAAUACCUUCCCCUAAAAAUCAAGAAGAUGUUUUAAAGUAUGCAGCUGCUGUGAAUAGUUAUUUAAAAACAUCUCACCAUUCUGUUCCAACAAAAAUCACUGUAGUUUUUUUUAUCAAUGGACCACAAAGUAUUGAGAUUGUAAAAUUUUUUAAUUAUCUGGCAGAGACAAGAAAGGUUGUCAUAAUGAGCAAUCUUGAAGUAACAGAUAAGCUUAUUCUUUCUAAACAACUUGAUCCUCAUGUCACUCUAUUUGCAGAUUCUUUGGGAGAUUUUUCAAAGGAAUUUCAAAAUAUACCACAGCUAAUAAAUCCAGACCCUUGUGUUCAAAUUUCAUGUGACUUUUACUCAACUUGUGUUGUUAUGGCUGACCAGACAGCAACUUGCGUAUGCCCAGUUUGUGAAAAUAUUUUAGAACCUGUGUGUGGAGACAAUGGAAAAACAUAUUCAAAUCUUUGUCAACUUAAAUAUGAUUCUUGUAUUCAAAAAAUUAAUAUAGCUCUUGUUUUUAAUGACAUAUGCAAUGUAGAGAGCUUAUUUGAUAUUGUGUAUCUGGUUGACAUUUCCAACUCUGUUUCAAAUACAAAACUUUUUGAAAUAUCAAAAAUUAUUGUCUCUCAAGCUACAAGUUUUAUGAAAAAUCAUGAAGAAAGGCGUGUUGGUGUUAUUGGCUACUCACUGGAACCACAGGAAAUUGUUAGUUUGACAUCUGAUUUAAGUAAAGUUUAUAGAGUCUUGCAAUAUUUAAAGCAACAAAAGGAGAGUUCUAAUUUAAAAACUGCACUAGAAUUUGUAAUCAAAAAUGUUUUUUCUACACCAACUACAGAAAAAAUUUUGGUCAUAAUAGCAGGGUCUCCACCACUGAAAACACCAUCUGAAGAAUUAAAUAACCUCAAAGAUAGUGGUGUAAAAGUUAUUUUUCUUUUGACUAAUGAUCAAAAAGAUAUCGAAAGGCUACGUGAGUUAACAAAUGUUAAAAAUGGAGUUAUUAACACAAAUUCUAACAAAAACAUCCUGGGAAUUUUAUCCAAUGCUGUUCUUCAAGGAUUAGCAAAACCGUUUUUAAUUGAUGUGGUGUUUGUUUUUGCUGCAUCCACAAAUAACACUUUGUUUCAAACACAACAGAAAGUAUCAAUAAAAGUUACUGACACCCUAUUUGUUAAUGAUAAUUAUGCAAAAGUGGGUGCAAUUAUUUACAAUGGUUAUGGUGAACAUAGUAAAAUUAUUUUCAACUUUAAUGAAAAAAAGAAUAACAAAGAUGUGAAAGAAUCAAUUAAAGCUAUUAAUCCUACUAUUGAUUUGCCAACAAAUUAUGCUCUUCAUUUAGCAAUAGCUGAAAUGUUUUUAAGUACAAAUGCUCGACUUGGUGUAGAAAGAUUAUUAAUUAUUUUUGCUACACGUGACUUCAAAAAUGUAGUGCAAAUUCAAAAAAGUUUAGAAAAAGUUUCAAACACCAGAGUGAUUAUUUUAAAUUUAGAAGCAGAUGUCUAUGCCACAGAACCGUCUGUUUCAGCUUCAAUGAAAGUAUUAAAAUUCAAAGAAGAUAUUGAUGAAGAUCUUUCUAAUUUAAUAAAACCUGAUACAUGCAAGAAAAUUCGAUGUUCAAAAUAUUCUUCUUGUGUACGCCAUCUUGAUAAUUCUCCCGAAUGUGUUUGCAAAAUUUGUCCUGAAAUAAUUUCACCUGUGUGUGCAAAUAAUGGACAAACAUUUCUUAGUGAAUGUCAUUUAAAAGAAUAUGCUUGUAAAAAUGGAAAAAAUUUAGAAAUGAUAUCAUCUGGCGUUUGUGCUUCUUUAUCUGUUUCUGAUUAUGUGGAUAUCUUAUACCUAAUUGAUGUUUCAACUGGUGUUUCAGAAGAAGUUCUUAAACGUGUUAAAUUGUUUAUACAUUCUGAUAUUCAUACCAAAGAUUUUUCAACUACUAAUGUUGGAAUUCUUACUUAUGGUGCAGACAUAAACUUGAAAAUAGCCCCAGUUGAUGGGGUCAAUAAAGAGGUUGUUGCAGGCUCCAUGGAAGGUUUAGAAAUUGGUGGUGGAAAUAGAAAUUUUCAAGUUUUGUUCGAUAAAUGUUUGAAACUUUUAAAAUCUCAAAAUUUUCGCCAGUUUUCAAAAAAAAUAUUUGUAUUAAUAAUAAGCGGAAAAAAUGACGUUUUGGCACUAAGAGAUAAAACUAUUCAAAAACAGUUGAAAGAAUCUUUUAUUGAAUUAGUUUUUAUUGUAACAGACGAGAGUAUUGUCAGAAUGUUAAGCGAUAAUCUUGAGGAUUUUCCAAGUAAUAUACAAAUACUUAAAAGUUCACAAGAAAUACCAUCUGUUUCAACAGAUCUUAACGACAUUUUAGCAAAGAUUACCAAAAAGAGUGGUACUCUGAGAGAUAUAGUGUUUGUAGUUGGACCUUUAAAUAUAGUCGAUAUGAGUUCCAAUAGCAAUCAAGUUUUCCAAGCUGAAAAAAAAAGCAUUAAAUACAUGAUAACCUCUUUUAAAGAUAUUAGUAAAAUCGGAGUUAUUUUCUGUGAACAAAAUAGUCUUAUUCCUCUGGCUCAGUAUAGCAAAAGUGAUGCAAUUGAAAAGAUUGAUCAGUUAGAUUCAAUGCCUCGGUGUAAUACUAUUAAAAAUGGUUUACGUGAAGGUUAUAAUCAGUUUGUCACACAAAAUUCUUGUAAUCAUUGCAGAAGAAUUGUAUUAUUUACAAAUAUUGCACCUAAUCAAGAAGAUAUAAAUUUUGCCAAACAGCUGCAUGACCAAGAUAUAGAAAUAUUUAUUUUAGCUGCAGGCAAAAUUACAAAAGAUAAGUUUUUGAGUCUUGUCAAAACUGAAGAUGAUAUUAUUAUUUUAAAUGAUAUCAACUCUCAUACUCAAAUUGAUAAUGCUGUUUCAAAAGAUUGGGCAAAAGAUCCUUGCACAAGCUUUAUCUGUGAAACUAAAUAUUCCUACUGUCAGGCUAAGGUAGAUGGUUCUGUUGCAUGCCUAUGUCCUGUUUGUGAUUUGUCAUACAAGCCAGUUUGUGGAAGUGAUGGGCUUUCAUAUCCAAGUCUAUGUUUUCUCAAACGCUUAUCCUGUCUGAACAACAAAAAUGUCAACAUUAUAAAAAAAACAUCAUGCGAAAGUGGAGAAAAACUUCAUCUUAUAUUUGUACUGGAUGUAUCCCAAUCAAUGUCAUAUCAAAGUUUAAAUAAUAUUAAAGAUUUAAUUGAGGCUGUUAUUUUUUCAAAUAAUAAAAUGGUUUUAAGUUUUGUUUUCUCAGGCCAAUCUACAAAAACACAUGGUAUUGUUGGCAUCAGUUCAAAAGAGGAAAUUUAUCUUGCUUUAUCUAGUAUUCAAAAAGGCACUGAAAAAAGAAAUUUUACCGAUGCAUUUAAGUAUUUGCGGCAAGCAAUAGGUGUACCACUCAAGCAAAACAUACCACAUCACAUUGUUGUUUUUUCUGCUUUUCCAUUUAUGAAUGAUAAUGAAAAAAACAUGUUGGAAGAACUAGAACUUUUGAUAGUAUUGGAGAAUACAAAGUUUUCUUUUAUUGGUAUUGGAAGCAAUUUUAAUGAGGACCAUAUUAAGUUAGUUUACAAAGACCCUUUCUUAGUUGAAAUUCUUUCAGAUGAAAAAGAUUUUCCAAUAUUGUUUACAUUUAUCUUUCAAAAUUUAGCUGAAAUACCUGAUAAUUCAAAAGAAUCUCAUGAUGUUGGUUUUGUGAUUGGUUACUCAGAUAAAAAUACUCAAUAUGAUCUUAAUCCAAUUAAAGACCAGUUUGUUAAAAUAACCAAUGAGGUUGUUUUUAAUUUGAAAAAAAAUUUUUUAUUGAAAGUUGGAAUUAUUUCUUAUGGAAAAGAUGCUCAAGUAUUACAACCUUUAACAUCAGCCGAAAAUUUUUUAAAAUCAAUCCAUUUGAUAAGCUUAAAAUCUGGACCUUUACCAAUAUCAAGUGCACUCAUCCUUGCUUCUGGGUUUUUUUCUGAACUGCAAGGAGGAAGAGAUCAUUCGAAAAAAUCAUUAAUUUUAUUUUUAACAAAUGACAAUGAUUUUAAUGCAGUUAAAGAGUCUAAUUUACUUAAAAAGCUUGGAAUCUCUGUUUUGGUUAUUGGAAUUGGAAAUGUUACUCAAGAUUAUCUUACUGAAGUUGCUGGCAAUAAAGAUAAUGUUUUCCAUGUUAAAGAUUUAACAAAAUCUUCAAGCAAUCAAAAUUUGAAGUUUGGGAAAAAAGUGUCUGAUGCAUUGAUUAAAGAACCAUGUAGUGCAGCUUUAUGUGAUUUUAACAAAGUUUGUAUGAAUAACCUUGAUGGUUCCUACUCAUGCGUGUGUCCUGUAUGCUCAGACAUUCAGUCAUCUACUUUUGUUUGUGGAUCAGAUACUAUAACUGAAGCGAAUGAAUGCUUGGUGAAAAAAAAAUCGUGUUUGAAAAAUAUGGAUAUAUUUUUGGUCUCAAGAAAGCCAUGUGAGAUCCAUGGUCAGUUUGAUAUUUUAUACAUUAUUGAUGUAUCUGUUCAGAUGUUGAGUGUUGACAGAAUAAAAGAAUUUAUUCGCAAACAAUUGCCUACUUUCAAUAUCAGUUUCAAUGAAACAAGAAUUGGAAUUAUAACAUUCUCAGAUGUGGCUAACACUUUAUUAACCUUAAGUCAAGGUACAUCAACUCAACAAGUUUUAAAUGCAGUUAAAAAUAUUCAAUUAUCUCUAAAUAAUCCACAAUUUUCGGUGGCUUUUGAAAAAUUGAGCAGCACAUUAAGCGACUCGUUUCGAUCUAAUGUUAUUAAAAUUGUAACUUUAAUUACAUCAAGCAGUAGUAAUGGCUUUGAUAUAGAAAGAAUAAACUCUGUUACAAAGAAAUUAAAAAGUUCCAACUUGAAAUUUAUUGUCAUUGGAAUUGGAGAAAAUGUCAAAAAAGAUGAGCUUUUAUCAAUUGCAACAGAUGAAAGCUAUGCUGUUUUUAUUGAGGAUGAUUAUAAAAUGGAUUAUCAAAUUUCCAAGAUAAACACUGCUAUUGCUAACUCAAAAGUUUUUCUAUUUGAAACAGAUACUUUUUUUGUAUUUGACAUUGAAAACAAAAAUAACUUCGAUAAAGCAAAAUUCAUGCUACAAGGGUUACUACAACGCACCAUAUUAUCUGGUAAUCGUGUUCGAUUUGGAUUCAUUAUGUUCAAUCCAAAUGAACACAUUGAUUCUCUAACAGCAGAUAAACAGUAUCUUGCAAAAAAGCUUGAGCAAUAUAAAUGGACUAAAGAAAAUAAUUUUAUGAAGGCAUUAAUUAAAGCAAAGGAUGUUCUGAAAUACUCAAGUUCUGAAAAGAAAAUAAUGGUUUUUGUUGAUCAUGUUUAUACAAAUAAUGAUUUGUUACCAAUCAAUAAAAUUUUUGAAGACUCUCAGAGUAACCUUAAAAAACCAAUUAUAAUUUUCCUUGAAAGCAAAUUAUUGCAAACAACAAGUUUACUAAAAGAAAAAGGUUUUAGCUUUAUAAUAGAUGAGCCGGAAACCAUUCUUGGUGAAACCAUUCUUCCAUUCAGUGAAGGCAUUCUUAGUGAAAUGGUAACACAAUUAUUACCAGAUCCUUGUCUUAAAGUUUUAUGUCAAAGUAAUGCUAUAUGCACAAGAAAUGCUGAAUGUAUAUGUAAAAAAUGUUACUCUAAGUAUGAAUCAGUAUGUGGUAGUGAUGGUCUAACUUAUGCAAGUAAAUGUCAUCUUGAGUUGAUAUCAUGUCAAACAAGAAAGGAGAUAACUGUUGUUGAUUCAGUACCUUGUAAAUUGGUUUCCAAAAUGUCAAUGACUUAUGUAAUUGACUCAUCCAGUUCUCUACAAGCCAAUGUUUUGAAAGAGGCAAAAGAUUUCAUAAAAAAUGAAGUGAAUAGUUACUCUGGUUCAUCAGAAAUAGCCAUAAUUAACUUUGGUUUUGAAGCUGAGUUAGUAGUAGGUCUCAGUAUUAAUAGAGAAAACAUUCUUAAUAAAUUAGAAAGUAUACAGAAAAUUGGAGGAGAGAGAAGAACAGAUAAAGCACUGGACAUUUUAAUUAACAAGGUGUACAAUGACUCAAGUCAAAUGAACAGGCUGGUAGUUAUUCUAUCAACUGGAAAUGUUAGCAUUUCAAACAAGGAUCGUUAUGUAAGCCAGUUAAAACUUUUGGAAAAAAAAAACAUCAAGUUUUUAAAUAUUGAAUUAGGAAUAUCAGAUUUAGCUGUCAUGGUAACUAACAUCUCCAAGUUAAUAGGAAGUAAUGCAGAGCAGUGCAACAGACUUACUUGUAGCAAUCCAAGUACAUGUGCAAAGCAUUUUGGCAAUGAAUCAUUAUGUAAAUGUAUGGUAUGCUCUGACACAUACAAUCCAGUGUGUGGUGAAAAUGGUCGCACUUAUUCCACACAGUGUCACCUUAACCAGAGCAACUGUUUAAAUGGGGAAAAAAUUGGAAUACUAAAGUUUUCUGCUUGUGGAUUGUUAGCCGAAAAAACUAAUAUUGUUUAUGCAAUUGACGGUGCAAGUGAUGUAUCAGAUGAAAACUUUGAAAAAAUAAAAUACUUUGUACAGAACAGCAUAAAAAGCUUUGCAGUCAGUACCAAAAUAUUGAAUAUAAGUUUGGUUGUGUAUGGAGAUACUGUAAAUGAGCAUCUGACAUUAAAUCAAGAGAAUACAGUGCAGGAUAUUUUAAAUAAUUUUCAAAGUAUUAAAAAAGCUGGUGGGUUAAGAGACAUAACUCAUGUUAUGAAUUUUGUUUUGAAAAACUAUCCAAUCACAUUGUUGCAUAAAAAGAUAUUAGUUUUGCUACGAGCUGGUCCUAUUUCAAAAAGAGAGGAGGUUUAUUUACCAGAUGCAAUAUUACGCAUAGAAGAAAAUGGCUGGAAAAUUAUUGUUUUAGCUAUUGGGGAUAAAAUAACUUCUCAAGAACUGAACUUACUUUCUACUGGAAAAAUAGACAAAACUCCAUCAAUAAAUCAAGUUAUAAAACUUGCUUCCACUGAUGAUCUGCCAUUUUUACUUGGUGAUUUAGAAAAUGCUAUUGGUAGAGUUCUUGAACCACCUAAUGAAACUGAUGAUGUAAUUGAUGCUUUUAUUGGUAUAUUUUCAUUGAGCAAUGACACUUUAUUCAAGUUACAAAAACAUUUUUUAAAAUUGGUUGUUAGUUCGUUCAACCUCUCACCUUUAUUUUCUCAAGUUACUGUUUUUCAAUUUGGUAAAGAAAUUUCAAAAGUUGCUUCUUCAAGUGAAGACUCACUUGAAGUAUUUAAUAGAAAAAUUGAAGAGAUACAAAAUACUGCUGAAAUUGAAACCAGAUAUUUUCCUUUGGAAACAAUUGAAGGUUUCCCCUCCUCAAUUUCUCGAUAUUCAUCAACAAAAUUUGUGGUUUUGUUUAUAAGUAAAGCAGAGUUUUUAAUGAAUGUUACCUAUUUGCAAAGUUUUGUUAGAACUAAUGUAAAGGUAGUGGUUUUUGGAAUGCCAGGAGUAAACAAAGAAGCUCUUAAUACUCUUUUUGAAAAACUAGCUGAUAUAUACUUUUUAGAAGAUUCUCAGUUCUUGAAUUUUCCUAAUUUGUUACUAGUCCCAGAUAAAUGCAAGAUGCUUAAAUGUAACUUUUAUUCAAAAUGUCUUCAGCGUGCUGAUAACUCUAUUGAAUGUGUUUGUCCAAAUUGUGAAGGUUCUGCAUAUUCUAUAGUUUGUGGAAGUAAUGGAAGAACUUAUGGUUCUGAUUGUCUCUUGAAACAGCAUGCUUGUCAAAUAAAAAGAAAAAUUGAUGUCUUAAAGAGAAAUGCUUGUGAUCUUUCAAAAGAAAUAGAGUUAUUAUUUGCUGUGGAUACUUCAGAUGGUUUUAACCCUAAUGAUUUGUUCUAUAUUUCCAACUAUGCAUCAGAACUCUUAAAGGCAUACAAAUCUAGUCUGAAUUAUAUAACAGUUUUAAAUUUUGGACAGAGUGCUGAAGUUUUUUCACAAAUCCCUAGUUCCAUGAAUGCAGAGAAUAUUACAAAACUCUUUAGAAAUUUAAAAUCUUUAGGAGGUCCACGUUCCUUAAAUGCAGUUUUUUAUAAAGUGUUAAAUGAAAAUAAAGCAUUAAUUGAAAAGGGAAAUAGAUUAGUACAUUUGGUUAUUUUUGUUGGUGGAAACAUAUCUCUGGAAGAUAUGCAAAAAAGUCAAAAAAUUGCUAAAGAGUUGGCAAAUUUAAAGCUGAGCAUUAUUGUUUUAGAGCCGGCAACGCCUCAUAAAUAUUUUGUAGAUAUUACCGGAAGUAGGUCACAGGUUAUUAGUUUAGAAAAAAGUCUUGUUUCAUCUGUUAUGUCAUUGGAUAAUAUGUUUCGUUUUUCAGAGCAAAAUUCAGACUACAAUGAUGUUGGUAUUAUAUUUGGAACCUACCAAGAUAUGCCUGAUAAAACAUAUCUUAUCCAAAAGCAUUUUGUAUCAGAAAUGCUUAAGAAUUUUUUAAUUGGACCUUCUGCAACACAGAUUGCUUUUAUUUUUAGCAGCCCUUUAAGUUUUGCUUAUAAAUAUGAUGAGGUCACGUUUAAUAAUUACAAUGACUUACUGUUAAGGUUAGAUAGAAAGAUUCAAAAGCCUAGGUACGAGUUUGUUACAGAUAUUUUGACAAAGCCAUUAUUUCAUCAAAGUCUUGGUAGUCGUGUUGGUGCUGGAAAAUUUCUUCUUUUGUUCAUUGUUAAUAAACUGAAUGAAACUAAAGAUUCACUACUAAGCCUGGCAGAGUACUUUGAGAAAAAUGACAUAAAAGUAGUUGUUAUUGGGAUAGGAAAGAAUUUUGUGGAAGAUCAAACCAAAGUAUUAGCUAUGUAUGGAAAAUUUAUUGAAGCAGUUGAAUUUACAGAAAAUAGUGCAGAAAGAUUUUCACAAGAAGUUUUAGAUUAUUUCAAUGAAGAUAUUUGUCUGAACAACAACUGUAGAAAAAAUGAAGUAUGUGUUCCUAAAGGAAAAGAAAAGAUGUGUAUUUGCAAGACCUGUUCUUCUACUUACUUACCUGUAUGUGGAAAUAAUGGGAUUUUAUAUGCAUCUAAAUGUCAUCUUGAUCAAAACGCUUGUCUGUUAAAAACUUCUAUUCAAAUGGUUGAAAAAGAAGCUUGCGAUAUAACUGGUUUAUUUGAUUUAAUUUUUCUGGUUGAUAGUGAAUUGUUUGAAUCAGAAGACCUUCAAAUAUAUCAUAACUUUAGGCAAUUUAAAAAAUAUUUCAUUAAUAGCUUAGCAGGUUCAAUUGAUAACGUUAUAAAUAUUAACAUAUGUUUGUCUUCUAAAGAUGAAUGCAGCAAUAAGUUGAAAACUUUUAGAAUAGGAAAGGAAACAUCUUUUAAUAUUUCGGAGAAGCAUAAUCCUUAUGAUAUAAUCAUUUUGUUAAACAAGCUUUCUAUUAACAAAAAGUAUGUCAUUUAUCUAACAAAUAAUAAUAAAGUUAUUAACAAAAGCAUUGUAAAUGAGUUAUUCAAGUUAAAAAAUUUGAAGUACAAAGUUAUUGGAAUAAAUAAUAAAUAUUUACAAGUUACUGAAGAUGAAAAAAUAUUUGAAGAGUUCCCAAUUAUAGUUGAUGAAGAAUUUGACUUUUCAUACCAUUUUAAAUCAUUAUACAAGGAUGUUAGAAAUUUUUUUGAACCUCAAAAUAUAAUUAUGGACUUGGUUUUUAUAAUUGAUGCUUUUGGAGGCGAUGCUCAAUUUGAUACCCAAAAAAGGCUAAUAAUUUCUAUUAUACAACAAUACAAAAAAAUUGGUCAAGAUAAAACUCUUGUCAGCAUUAUACUGAAUGAUGAAAAGCCACAAAUAUUGAGUUAUUUCAAUGGGUUUCAAACUAUGUCUUUAACUAAUCUGAUAGAUUUUAUCAGUAAUAUUCAAAGUAAAGGAAAAGGAUCUAAUCUUGCAUUAGCUAUGCGUAUGACGAAUGAUGUUUUUAUGGCUAAGAACGGAGCUCGGCUAUAUGCUACAAAAUUUGUAAUCAUAGUUACUGACAAAAUACCUGAAGAUUCAUUGACAGAAAUAAAUGGUGUUGCCAAUGAACUUAAAAGGAAUGUGUCACAUUUACUUUUUGUUAUUGAUGAGAAGAUUGAAGAUGUAUUAGAUGGCUUUAGUCUGGAUGUUAUUUCGGGAAACUUGAAAGAUUUGUACAAAUAUGCUGAGGAUAUUGCUUUUUUACCAGAAGCUAAAAAAUCUGAUAUUUUCUGUCCAAUAUGUGAUGAGGAAGUAUACAAACCUCUAUGUGGAAGUGAUGGUCGCAAUUAUGCUUCAGAAUGUUUAUUAAAAAAGUUUGCAUGCCAAAAUAAAGCAUUUAUUGAAGUUUCUAAAAAUUCACCAUGUGAAAUUUCUGAGCCUCUUGAGUUGGUCAUUGUCAUUGAUAGUUCAGCAUCACAACAGUUACUUGAUACAAUAAAAAAUUUCAUUAAAAACUUUAUUAAAAUCUUUGAUUUGGAGGAGCUUAGACUUAAACUUGUUAAAUAUUCAAAAACUAUUGAAGUUUUGGCAUCUGUCAAAAAAAAUUUGAAGCCAUUUUUAAUGGGCUUGCAUAUGCUCGAAAGUAGCUCAAUGUCUGGAAAUCAAAACAUGAAAAAUUUGUUAAAAUUGGACCUUUUUACAAAAGAAAAAGUAUCAAAACACCUUCUUAUAUUUUUAUGCUCUCCAUUUGAAAAAGAUAAAAAUGCUCUUUUAGCCUCAGAAGAACUGAAAAAGUCUGGUGUUGUUAUUAAUAUUAUAUCAUUUUGUUAUCAAAAAGCCAACUUGGCCAAGAUAGCCACUAGUAAUAACCAUUUAGUUGAAGUAAAUGAGAAUCAAACUUUACCAGAAAUUUUUGCAGACAUAUCAACCAAUUUAGUUAUUGGAAGAGGAAUUUCAAAGACAAUUGAUGUUGGAUUUGUGUUUUCCGGCUCCAGCAAUGCUACAUUAUUUACAAUCCAAAAGCAAAUAUUUUUUUCUAUAAUAAAAAAAUAUCAUAUAUCAGAAGACAAUGUUAAUAUUGCUGUUGCAAUUAACUCAGCCUCAGCUGCAAGGUUGUUGUUUUCGUUGCGUAAGUAUUUCUCUGCAGAAGAAAUCAUAAAUACUUUGUCUAAAGUAGAUGAUUUUAACAAUGGUCAGCAUUUGGAUUCAGCUUUGUCAAUUAUAGCUCAAGAGCUUGUAUUUGAACCAAUCACACGAUCAUAUGCAGAAAAAAUCAUUGUUGUAUUUAUUUUUGAUGUUGAACAAAAUCUUGAUAAUGCUUUUAAAAAGAUCAGUUCAAAGAACAUAAAGGUUAUACCAGUUUAUAUAGGUUCAAAUGCAGGUCUUAAAAGUAUCAUAACUGAUCUUCAAAAUCUACAAAGUGAUACAUUGAAGCAUUUUUUUGAUGCUUCUAAUGAAUAUAAGAUAAAUGAUCUUAUUCAAGAAACCCUGCCUGAUCAAUGUUUGUAUAGCAAUUGUGAUCACUAUUCUACAUGCCUAUCAACUCUAUCUUCAUUUGAAUGUGUAUGCCCUACCUGUGAUGAUAACUACUCCUUAGUCUGUGGUUCAGAUCAUUUAACUUAUGCCAGUGAGUGUUGGCUAAAGAAGACUGCAUGUGAACAAAAGAAAUUUGUAACUCUAAUAAAUGAAACAUCUUGUGGAUUUUCUGGUAUGCUUGAUAUUGUUUUUGCUGUUGACACUUCAAAAAAUGCAAAGAAAGUUAAUGUUAUGAAAAUCAAGUUACUUCUCAGAGAAGUUUUAAAGCAGUUUUUUGUUGGAGAUGGUAUGGUUCGUAUCUCAAUUGUGUCAUUUGGAAACUUCACAAAAUCUACUUCUUUUAAUAAAGCAAUAGCAUAUGAUGAAAUUUUAAAUCAUAUAACAGUUUUGCCUUUUGUUGGAGGAAAUCCUAAUUAUAGGACAUUGAUCAAGCAUGUUAUAGAAGAUGUUUUUAAAUUGCAUGGGGAGAUACAAAGUAUAAAACCAAUCAAAAAAGUAAACAAUCAAGUUUUAUCAGCGCCAAAAAUAUUUGUUGUUUUUGCAUCUAGCAAAUCACACAAAGAUAUUUUAGAACCAUUUGAAAAAUUUCAAAAAAAUAUUGAACUUUUAGUAGUCAAUGUGGAACAAGAUAAUUCACUUGUGGUGCAAGAUAAUUUAAUAGACAAAUCUGAUUUUCAAAAUUCCAAUGUUAAGUAUACAUUAACUGAGCCAGAAAAGCUUCCUGCCAUUGUGCCUAUAGUUGAUCAACUUGUAAAUAAGUUGAAAGAUGAAGAAAUUUUGAUUGAUAUGGGCUUACUUAUCAUUGUUAAGGACAGAAAAAAUACUAAAUUAGUAGAAGACUUUAUUGAAAAACUUACUCAGAAGUACACUAUAUCCAGUGAGAAAAGUCGUGUUGGUCUGUUAUCUUUUUCAAACGGAGUAUUGGAAAUCAGAAAAAAGCUAGAUGAGUUUGUCUCAAAUGAUUUAUUAGUAGACUUAAUCAAACAAUCAAUACCUUACUUUGGGAUUCCAUCAAGUUCAAUAUCUGAGCUACCUGUAGUUUUAAAAAAACUGUUUUCAUUCGAUCAUGGAAGAAGGAAGCAGAUUUUUUUCUUAAUUUGCGAUGAUAACUUAGACAUUCCUACAGAGCAGUUUAUGGCAAUUUUGUAUUCAGGGGUUCAUCUCUUCAGUAUUUUGUUUGAAAAUAAUCUUUAUAAACUCAAAACUAAUAGCUCUUCAAGUUAUCUUGUAAAAGAAAAUCCUUUUCAAGUUGUUUUAUCUGUAUCUGAUGCUAUUCAAUCAUAUUCUUGCUUUAUGAAAAAAUGUUCAUUCUAUGGAACUUGUGUACCAGUAAAUGGCCUUGCUACAUGUAUAUGUCCUGUGUGUGAAAGUAGUUAUAAACCUGUAUGUGCAAGUGAAGGUCAAUCAUUUGCAUCUUUAUGUCAUUUGAAAAGGUUUUCAUGCAUUCACAAAAUUCAUUUACAACUUCUGAAAUAUGGACCAUGUCAGCUUCAGAUUAAAAAGCACACAGCUUUUGUGUUAAAUAUUGACAGAAUACAUUUAUAUAGUGUUGUGGAGUUUAUUAAAAACUUUGUAAAUAUCUUUGAUUUAACUACAAGUUCCAUAUCAAUUGCAAGCAAUAAUAAAAUUUUGAUACCUUUUGAAGAUGGAAAGAAUCUUGCUUUUAUGAAGUUAAUAUUAAAAGAUCUUUACAACCUUCCAAUUGUUUUAAGUUUAGAAAAAACUUUAACCUUCUUAGAAGAGUCUGUGAUUCCACAAUUUGAUGCAUUUUCAGAAAGUUCCAUUAAAACUGUAGUUUUAUUUACAUCAGUUAAAAAAAGUUUGAUUAUUCCAAAAAUACAAUUUAAAAACAAUUUAAACGUUAUUUUUGUUACAAUUGGAGAUUUGCUUCUUGAGAAAGAUUCUAAAUUUUUUACAAGCCAAAAUCACAUAAAACACAUUGAUGCUGCUGAAAAGAUUCCUGAAAUAUUCCCUGAAUUAGAAAAAAUUAUCUCAAAUGAAACAGUUUUAGCUAAAUGCAGUGAUGAAACAAUAUGUGAUUUUCAUUCUCAUUGCAUUGUUUUAUAUGAAAACAUUGUUGAAUGCUUGUGCCCAGUUUGCAAUGAUAAGUAUAAAAUUGUGUGUGGUUCUGAUGGAAUGACAUAUGCAAAUGAUUGUUGGUUAAAGAAGAAAUCUUGUGAAGUCAAACAAAAAAUUGACAUUUUAUAUAUUGGACCAUGCACAGUAAAUGUGAGUUUCAACAUUGCUUUUGCGCUUCCUUUAGCGUCUAGCUCAGAACAAUUUUUAAAAAUAUAUAGAUUUACAGAAGCAAUAAAACAAUUGUUUAAUAAACCAUAUAUUACUUCAUGGUAUACUUAUGGAAAAUUUGACAAAAGUAAAACAAUUGAUCUUCCAUCUGUUGAAUUUAUUCGACAGCCAGCUUUAGUCAGUGUUUUUAAUAAUAUAAAAACUAGUGGAUUUCUUGUUGUUUUUAUUUAUGGAAGUUAUGCUACUAAUGCUAGCGACAUUCAAAAUUUAAAGACACAGAUCAAAAGAUUAAAAGAAAUCGAUUGUAAUGUAAUUGUAGUUGCUAUAGGAAACAAUUUGGAAACAGCGCAACUUUUUGAUACAGUUAUUCCUGUUACUGAUGCUGAAGAGCUUCCUGGAGUCUUGGAAAUUAUUGAAAAGAAAGUUGCAACUAUUUUGUUCAAAGAUAAACUUGAUCUUGCCUUUGUUUUUGGUGGAUCAAAUGCUGAAAAUUUUGCUAUUCAAAAAGAGUUUGUUCAAAAAAUUCUUGAGAAAAAAGUUAUAAGCACUGAAGCAACAAGUGUUGGUUUACUCUAUUAUGGUGAUUGGCUAUUUUUUGACUAUAAAAUUGCAAGUCACUUAGUGAAAUCAAAACUUAUGCAUCUGAUCAACACUGAAAAUGUUGAAAUAGCUAUUGAGGAAGCUUUGCAAACUGCCAGGUUGGUGUUUUUUGAAGAUAAGACUAAAAGUACAGAGGUAGGUGCAAGAUAUGGCUCCUUUAAAACAUUGGUUGUUUUUAUAAACAGUGAAGUUUCAAUUCUUGCCCAAAGAGAAAUUUUAAGAAUGCAAAAGGAAGGUGUUCAUGUUAUUAUUGUUGUGAUUGGUGAAGUUGAAAAUAUUGAUAAAAUUGAAUAUUUUUUUAAAAGAAAUUCUAGUUUUUUUCAUUUUCAUGACAACUUUGUAGACCCUAAACUUGUGAGUGUUGCUGCAGAUAAUUUAGUACUUGGAAAGUGUGACCCUGAUGAAUGCAGCAACAGCAAAUCUUGUGUAAUUAAAACUGGUCGUGAAGUUGUUUGUUCCUGCCCUUAUUGUGAUGAACACUAUGAACCAGUUUGUGCUAAUAAUGGUAUUUUAUAUGCUAGUGAAUGUGAGUUAAAAAGGUCUUCAUGCAAAGAAGGCAUAAAUAUGAUUGCUGUUAGCAGCGAUGCAUGCUCAUUAGCUUCAAGUGAUAUUUUUUUUGUUGUUGACCUCUCUGGUAGUACUUCUUUCAAUGACUUACAGCGAAUAAAGUUGUUUUUGAAAUCAAUUUCUAAAAGUUUUUUGAGAAAUUCUAGAUUAGCAGUUAUUGUGUGUGGAGACAAAAAAGUAAAAACAAUAAAAACCUUAGAUUUUAAUUUUUCUGACAAUGCAAUGGAUCAAGUUAUAGAUCAUAUUCAGAGUUAUGGUGGUGAAAGUAAUCUUCAUGAAGCUUUGAAUAUAGUACAAGGCAUGAUAGAUAGAAAUAAUUUUAAAACAACCUUAGUUAUUGUGUUUACAAGUGGUGAUGUUUCCCAGCAUUAUUUGUUAAGUUCAGCAGUGAAGUUAAUAAACGAGUUUGCUAAAACAAAGUUCAUUGUUUUCAAUGAGAAUCAGUACAUCAUUAAUGAAAUAGAAAGUCUGUUACCUGGUGAUGUAAUAUCUGUUUUUGGAACUGCAAAUUUACCUGAUAUCUUCGAUGAUGUCCAUAAUUAUAUGCUUCAAUCAAAUGGUGCCGGAGUUAUAUUUACCUUUGUUUCAAACAAUAAUUCCAAAAAAAAUUUUGCCUUGCAAAAACAUGUUGCCAUAGACAUUUUGAAAAAUAUCAAUAUGGCUUCCACUACUUUUGCAAUUGUUACUCAUAGUACAAAGUCAUAUUAUAUGUCUAAUAAAAACUUGACUGAAGAGAUUUCCAACAUCAUGUUUAGCAGUGAUGUAGAUGAUAACAUUAAUUUGUACAGGCGGACAAAGGCAUUAUUGAAGGCAAAUAAAAACACAGUGGUGUUUUUCUAUGGACAAGAAUUUAUGCAAGAUUUAUCAAAAGAAGCAAGGGAUGUACUAAAAGAGAUGAAAAAUACAAAUUUGAUUUUUGUUGUUAUUGGCGAUAUUUUGCAAAAACAUCAGGACGAACUAAUUUUAAUAGUAGGGAAGAAAGAAAACAUUAUUAGUGUUAAGAGUCUAGAUGAAUUCACAGAAGACAUGGUUAGAAAAGCUUUCCAAAGUGCCUGCAAAGAAUCUCAAUGUAAUUUAAAUGAAGUAUGUGUUGAAAGCUGGGAUGGCAUGGCAUUGUGUGUCUGUUCUGAAUGUCCUUCACCAAGUUAUGAACCUGUUUGUGGUGAUGAUGGAAUGACAUAUGCAAGCUAUUGUCAUUUGAUGGCCACUUCAUGUAAAACUGGAAAGAAGAUAAAUUUGCUUGAAAAAAAAUUUUGUGAUAUUUAUGAAGUAACUUUCCCUACAAAAAUUGCGCUAGCCAUUGAAUCGUCUAUGAGUGAAUUUGAACUUCAAAUUGUCACCAAGUAUUUUUUGGAAUUGUUGCAGAUGUUUAAUUUAAAUUCAAAGUUAAUUCAUUUGGACAUAAUAUCAUAUAGUAAAACUAUAAAAUGGUUUGAUGAUCUUCAUGAAGAAGAUGUCUCAAUCUUGCUCAAUAAUUUUCAAAAAUUACAAGAAGUUCCUGAUAAAGAAGUAAUGUUUAAGUUUAUGCAUGACAAAGUUUUUACUAGCCCUGAUACUAAAUCGCUUUUGAUUGUUGUGAGUAAAGUAGCUGAUACCCUUGAUGUUGGUUAUAAUUACUCGCUUGCCCUUCAAAAAAAAGGUGUACAAAUAAUAUCUAUUGACAUCAGUAAGAACGGUGAAGCAAGUCAACUUCCUAAGCAUUUAGGUUUAAUGGAAGUAGAAAUUGUUAAAAAGAUUGGUUUGCUGAAAAAGCUUGAUCUAAUUUUUUUACUUGGUGCUAAUGGAGAAAAUCGAAUUGAAAAUUUUAAGAUUUUAACACAGUUUAUUAGAAAAUUAACCUCAAAGCUUAUUAUAUCUCCUGAUAUAGUCAGAGUUGGAAUUGUUUCUUAUGGAACCACAUCAUCUAUUGUCAGAAGAUUAGAUGAUUUUCAAAAUCAACUGGAAGAUGAUUUAUCAGGUUUGAUAAUACAAGAUGAAGGUUUUAAUGCUAAAGAGCUGUUUUUUAUUUUAAAAAAUGAUUUACUUCUUAAAGCUCGUGAAAAUGUUUUAAAAACUAUUUUAUUUUUCACUACUAAUGAUAAUCCAAACUACUCGAUAUUGAAUAAAAUCAGUGAAUUAAAUUCCAAUGUCGUUGUUGUUGGUUAUGGUAACAAUGUUGAACCAUCAAAUUUAAUGCAAAUUUCUUCAUUAAAAAGCUCAUUAUUUUUACCAAAGAAUUUUUUUGAUAUUUUUGAAAUAAUUCCAGAUGUGCAAAUAGAAAUUUUUAAACCAGCAUCUUGCAAAUUUGAAUGUCAUAAGUAUGGCAAGUGUUUAAAUACACCUCUAAAAGGCAAAAAAUGUUUUUGUACAACUUGUGAUGAUAUAAUUAAGCCGGUUUGUUCUGCAGAUGGUCACACAUAUGCAAGUAAAUGUUAUCAUGAAAGAAUUUCAUGCUUGCAGAAUACUAAUUAUGACAUUGUUAAAGAUACAGCAUGUGGUCUUGAUAAAAAAUUUGAAAUAAUUUAUGCACUUGACAUUUCAAAGAAAACGACAACAAGUAAAUUUAAAAAGAUGUUGGAUUUUGUGGAUGCCUCUCAGCUUUUAUAUACAUCCUCAGAGAAAAAAUCAAAAGUUGGAUUUGCAAAGUUUAACAAUAGUAUUGAACUUUUAGUAUCCAUGGAUACUAACAGAGUAAUUGAAGCCAAAUCAGUAUUAGGCAAUCCAGAAUUCAAAGGUGAGCAAGAUUUAGUAGUACCUCUGAGAGAUGGCUCUUUGUUUUUUUCAAGCAAUCCAGAUUUUACAAAAGUUCUUAUCAUAUUGUUGUCUGGUAAAAAUUCAAAACUAGAUUUCGAUGUCAUUCUGAAACAAAAAAAAGCUGUUCAAGAAAAAAACAUAAAUAUAAUAGUUGUAUCAAUGGAUAAAAAGUUUAAUGAUCUGCAGGUUAUUGGUGGAGUGAAUAACUUUAUCAUUCAUAAAGAAGAGGACUUGCCUGAGGCAUUAACAGUUUUAGAAAGUAUGCUUGGUGCAUUUUCAGUUGACAUUCCAAAAACCAACCUAGUUAUAAGUCUUCCACAUUCAAUUCAUUUUAAUUCAAUUAAAGAAAAUAUUAGUGCAGUAAUUCAAUCAUUUACAAUAUCAAUUCAAAGUAUCCAACCUGCAUUCUUAACAUAUGGAAAAGAUGUGAAAGUUUAUUCAAUGCUAAAUCAAAUAGUGGAUGCUCAAAGUACAAACAAAGUUAUAACAUCUUUACAAAACCCUAUAGCUGGAGAUAAAACUUUAGAAGUCCUGAAAAAGGCUGAAGAUUUAUUCAAGGAAAGUCUUAGGAAGGAUGUUGUAAACAUACACUGGUUAGUGUUGACUGAAAAUCUGAAAUCUCUAUCGUUAAUUAAAAGUCAAAUUGAAGCAUCAAAAGCAAAAGGCAUUAAAACACACAUUUUCAUCACUAAUAAUGUUGAUAAGAAUCAAAUUAUUGGUUUAGUGGGAAACAAUAAUUUCAAGGUUUUAUCUAUCGAUGAUCCCAACAAGGAGAAGCAUUAUAAAUCAAUUUUUGUUGACUCUCUUAGAAAAGAUGUUUGUUCAACAAAAAAGUGUGAGUUGAAAAAAACUUGUAUAGCAAAGCAAGAUCAGAGCUUUGAGUGUGUUUGUGCUCAGUGUCAGCAAAAAUAUAAUCCAGUUUGUGGAUCUAAUGGAAAAACAUAUGCUUCAGAAUGUCAUCUCUAUCUUGAAGCUUGUCAAUUCAAUAGAUCAUUAGUAACAAUAAAAAAUGAAUCCUGUGGCAUCAAAGGAGUUUUAAAAGUAAUAAUUUUGGUUAGUAACUAUAAAAAUAUGACAGAAAAAGGUUACGAUUUUCUGAAAGAUUUUAUCAAGGCAUCUUUAUCUUCAUAUGAGCAAGAAACAGAAAUUGCUUUUGUUUCCUUCGGAGCUGAGGUCCCAAAAAUUAAUUUAAAUUUUACAAAAAUAUUGUUCCUUAACAAAAUUAAGUAUUUGAUAGAUGCAACCGAGAUAUCAUCUAGUAAACAACAAACAAAGAGAGUAUCUAGCAAUGACAACUUGCAAAAUGGUCUGAAAUUUUUGGUUGAUAAUGAUUUUUUCAAAAAGAAAAAUGGAAUUUGCCAAAUUCUUCUUGUAUUUCCACAACCUAAUGAUAUUGCAACAUCUGAUUCAGAAGUAAUUAUUAACAAGAUCAAAGCCUCAGACACCAAAGUCAUUGUGGUUGGAAUAGCAGGUGCAAAAGAUAAUGUUUUAAAAUUGUCAUCAGAUGGAGAUAAGUUUCUUUCUGUGCCUAGUUACAGUGAUUUAUUAUUAAACCUUGGCAGUCUAGAAACAACUAUUGGUCAAGUUACAGGAUUUGUUAAUGAAAGAAUUGAUAUUGGAUUUAUUAUUAAUGGUGAAUCACAGUUGACCUUUACAAAACAAGUUCAAUAUAUUCAAACAAUGUUAAAAGACUAUGUUAUUUCAAACACUGCAACUCGAUUUGGUGGUAUUUUUUCUUGUAAUAAUAAAAAUAACAUUAUUUUUACAUUUCAAGCUGGUAUAAGUAGCAAGUAUAUAUCAGAAGCUUUAAGCAGUUUACAGUUUAAAUUUGAUCAAACAGAUGUGUUAACAUCAGUAAAAGAUGCUCUUGAUUUGUUUAGCUCAUCUAAAGCAACAAAUAAAUUUCUUAUUUUAUUUGCAAAUAGUUCAAUGAAUAGCUCAUUGUUGGGUAUGAUAGUAAAGACUACAAGCUCAAAAAAUAUAAAAUCCAUUGUUGUGUUGAUGAAUAAAACAGAUGAAAUGACAUAUAACACAGAUAGUUUAUUGGUUUUAGAUGCAAAUGAAAAACCACAAAAUAUUAUUAAUGAAGAUGCUUGCUUUCAAAAGAAAUGUACUUAUUACUCAAUAUGCGUACCAUUUACACACACUGUAAAAUGUGUAUGUCCACUAUGUUCUUCUGAUUUGUACGAACCUGUUUGUGGAUCAAACAAAAAAACUUAUGCUUCCCAUUGCUUUUUAAAACAGGAAGCUUGUGAGCAAGAAAAAAAUAUUGAAGUUAUAAAAACUGCAGCUUGUGGUGUUUCAAAGCACAUCAGUCUGAUAUAUGUUUUUGAUACAAAUAUGGAUUCAGUAUCUUUAGAAGCUCUUAAAAAUUUUGCAAUUUCAUCUCUUUUAUCAUAUGAUAUUUCGAUACAAGGUACUCAGCUAGCUGUUUUUGAGUUAAACAAUGAAGAUAUUUUUGUGUCUUUGAAAUUUCAAGAUAAUCAGUCGAUUGACAUAGCUAAAUCUGUAAUAUAUAACAUUUUACCCUCCAAAAAUUCCAAAAUUGAUCAAAAUGCCCUUAUUCAAUUAAUAAAGAAAAUGUUUUCAUUACAAGUAGCAACAAUAGAAUCAGAACACAAAGUUUUGGUGUUUUUUACAUCUGGGUAUACUUACUCUGAAUCAGAUUUGCAAUACUGGAAUAAAAAUCUAGUAGAUGUUAACACAAUAGUGGUAGCAAUUGGUGGUUCAAUAGAGUACUUCAGUAGUUUUGGUGAAACUAUUUUUAUAGAGAAUCCUGGUGCUUUGUUAAAAUCAUUUGGAAAAUUAGAAAAUGCUGUUGAGAAAAUAGUUGGAAAAGAUAUGGAUGUAUUUAAUUCAGUUAAUUGUACAUUUUAUUCUUUGUACACAAUAAAUGACAAGAAAAAACCAUCAUGUAUAUGUCCUUUAUGCAUCGACAGUGAAUAUUCUCCAGUAUGUGGUGAUAACGGUGUUACAUUUUCAAAUGAAUGUUAUAUGAAGAAGUUCAUAUGUGAAGAAAGAAGAAUGGUUACAGUUGUUAAAGAAGAGUCAUGCGGAGUUUCUAAAGAAAUGGAUGUUGUGUUUAUGUUUGAUGCAUCUGACGAAAUGACACAAUUAAAUUUUGAUAAAGCUAAAUACUUUGCUGCAACCUUAAGCAAAUCAUUUGAUACAACAAUCAUUCAACAGACUGUUGUAGUGUUUAGCCAAGAACCAGAAGUUGUGAGCUAUUCUUUUUCUAAAAGUGAAUCCGUUGAAGGUAUUUUAAGAAACCUUAAAUAUAAAGGUGGCCAAAGAGACUACAGGAAAGCAUUGAAAUAUAUAGUGGAAGAUAUCUUUGAUAACAAGAAAUCAUUGCUCAAAACUCCUUCUCAAUCACAAAUUUUGUUUGAAAAAGUAGUCAUUUUGUUUACUUCCAACUCAAAAGGAGCAUCUGAUGAUGAAGAUUUAUCAUUAUCUUUAGAUUGGUUAAAUGUUCAAAAAAUUAGACUUGUUUUUGUGUCAGUAGACGGUGCAUUUAGUGAUGCAGUUAAAGAUAUUGUUCAUACUAAGACUAGCUUGUUACCUAGCAUUUUAGGUUUAGUUGAAAGUAAAGUACGGGGAACUGGUGUAGCCAUGGAUAUUGCUGUUGUAUUUACUGGUUUUGAUUCAGCUGAAAGGUUUAAAAAGCAAAUCAUGUUUGGAGCAAAAUUGUUGGAAAAGUAUAAAAUCACACGAUUAUAUACUCAUAUCAGUGUCCUAACAUAUGCCAACACAUCAAACAUUGAAUUUGACUUCAAUACAGGAAAUGAUUAUGAUUUAGUUAAAUACAAUCUACAAAGUUUGAACAAUCCUGGUCCAACUUAUUAUAUAAAGAGUAUUCUUGAUACUUUAGGAUACAAUCUUUUUACCAGAAGAUAUGGUUCUCGACCAUUUGUUCAUAAAACUGUUUUAUUAUUUGUAAAUGAGCCUAAGUAUGAAAUUGCAGCAGUUGCCAGUGCAAAAAAACUUGAAAGUCUUGGUAUUCAAUUAGUAAUAGUUGCAUAUGGUAUUAAUGUUGACAAAGUUUAUCUAAAUCAGUUAGUUAAGAACUCAGAUAACUUAUUUUUUGUUGACAUGGAAAAACUGAAUAAAGAAGAUCUUUUACAAAAAACUCUUCCAGACAAAUGUUCUGGUAUUGAGUGUAGUUUCUUUUCUAAAUGUGUUUCAAUUGCUGGCCAGCUUGAAGAGUGUGUUUGUCCAAUUUGUUCUCAAGAUAAUCAAGUUGAGUUUGUGUGUGGCAGCAAUGGUCAAACAUAUGCAAAUAUAUGUAGGCUUAAAAGAGAUUCUUGCAUGAUGAAAAAGGAAAUAAGUGUUGUAAAAAAAAGUGUUUGUGGAAUUUAUAAUAGCAUCGAUGUUAUAUAUGCAAUUGAUACAUCUGAUGGUGUAAGUAUGGAUACACUUACAAAAAUGAAAUCUUUUAUUGCGCACUCUCUUUCAUUGUUUAACAAAACAAGAAAUGCAAUUAUACAAUAUGGAAGUGAGGCAGAAGUUUCUUUAUCAUUAUCAUCAGGCAUUAAACAAUCUGAUGUUGUUAAAAUAUUUCAAAAUCUAAAACCUAAAGGUGGAGAAGCAAACCUUUUUAACGUUUUUGCUAAGGUGAAUGAGGUACUAAUGGAACCAACAUCUGCAGAAUAUUGCAUUUUAAUUUUUAUUAUAAAUAAAGUUCAGGCUUUGCCAUCAACUGAUAACUUAAAAGAAAAUUUAAUAAUAUCUGCAGUGUAUCUUGAAGAAAUUGACAACAUAAACUCAAAUGAUUUUGUCACUAAACCUGGUCUGUUUAUUGUUAGUAAACCUGAUGAUUUAAUUGAUAAGAUUGGUUUAUUAGAAAAAGAGCUAAAAACAUGUUUAAAUAAAGAAAAAUUAGAUUUGGCAAUUGUCUUUGAAACAACUUUGUCUUCAUCAUUUGAAAAACAGCAAAAGAUUGCAAAAGAAGUAUUAGAAAAAGUUAAUUUUGGUUAUGAGGCUGUAUUACCAGGAUUUGUAUCCUAUGUACCACAUGUAAAAAUUUUGAAAGAACUUGGAGAAACAAAAACAUUAAAAAAUGCACUAGCUUUUAUCAACUCAAUGAAUAAUGUUGUUAAAGGAGGAGACAUCGAUAUUGUUAAAGAAGAUGAUAACAACAAUAAAAAAGUUGAUAGCAUAAAUUAUUUGAAUGAGGUGUUUAUAUUUUUGGAAGAACGUUUUUUUCUCAAGUCAAAAGUGCGAAAUGGUGCUAAAAAGUCAAUCCUACUUUUUAUUAGCACUCCAAUUAAAAAUGAUAUUUCAAAUUUUCUUAAAAGCAAAAAUAUUGAAUUAGUUUUAGUUGCUAUGAAUAGCAGUGCUGUCGUACCAAAUGUUGAUGCAUGGUUUUUUGCUAAAGAGAAAGAUAUCAGUGAACCUAUUGCAGACACUCUCACCAAAGGCAUUUUACUAAAAGAUGUUUGUAUAAAUUCUUGUAAGUAUCACAGUGUGUGUCUUGCAAAUAAAACUCAUAAUAAAAUAAGUUGUGUGUGUCCUAUAUGUUCCACUGAUGAAAUCUAUAAACCAGUAUGCGCAAGUAACGGUAGAUCUUAUGCUACAAAAUGUCAAAUGAUGCAGGCUGCAUGUGAAAGCAAGUUAAGCAUAGAGUUUUUGCAUUCUGGUACUUGCGGGUUGUCUGGUAUGCUUGAUUUGGUAUUUGCUGUAGACACAUCUAAUUCAUUCAAGGAGUUAGAUAUCACUCAUAUAAAAAGUUUUCUAAAUGCUGUAUUCUCACUUUUUACUGUGGCUCCUGAUCAAGUUCGGGUCGGUAUAAUUAGCUAUGGAAAAGAUAUUGUUAACUAUUUACCACUUAGUAAAGGAACAUCUGUAGAUUAUGCUUUGUCUGCAUUACAUUUGUUGCCAGUUAUUGGUGGUGAAGUAAAUGAACAAGGUUUGGAAAAUCUAGUAGAAAAUGUUUUUUCUCCAUCAAUGGGAAGUCGUAACAAUGUCAAGAAAUUACUUGUAUUAAUUACUACUAGUUGUAUUGACAAAAACCGUGUCAUUAGUUUUAAAAAUAUUGUUGUUGAAACAGUAUUAGUUAAAAAAACAAUUGAUCACUGUCAAAAUACAGUCAUUGUACCUGAUGUGUUAAGUUUGCCAGUGACUUAUCCUGAUGUGGAAAGUUUUAUUGGAAGUGCCAUUGCCAACCACUCUAAAUCUGACAUUGUUUUUAUGGUUGGAGCAACAACUGUUGAGCAAUUCGAAAAACAAAUUGAAGCAGUUCCAUAUUUUUUUAAAAAAUUUAAAAUUUCAAAAGAUAUAGAUCAUGCUAGUGUGGUUUUUUAUAGUGGAAGCAAAGUCAUUCAAACAAACUUCACUUCAUUUGAAAAUGAUAUAAUUAGUGAGCUCAACAGUUUGAUGCAAAAAUUUAAAACUGAAAUUUAUGUUGAAGAAUGGGACUUUAUAAAUCCAACUGUUUUUAAUUCUAACAUUGGAGCUCGACUUGAAGUGGUAAAGCAAGUUUUUCUUUUUAUUGAUGGUAAGGAAACAAUGAAACCUUUUUACUUAAAUCAGAAGGUAAACGAUGUUGAAAAAUCUGGAAUAAAUAUUGCGGUUAUAAGCAUAGGUAAUAGUGAUGCUCCAGUUUUAAAAGAAAUUCUAGGUGAUGUUUACUUCUUUCCUGAUGAUUUACCUAUUUUUAAAAAAAUGGUUAAACCAAUCCAAAUUGCUGUUAAUAAAUCUCCAUGUAUUGAAAAAGAAUGCAGUCAUUACUCUAGUUGUGUAGCUAAGCAAGAUAACUCUGCUUUUUGCUUCUGUCAAUCUUGUUCUGCUAUAGAUUUAUACCAACCUGUGUGUGGUGAUGAUGGCAUGAGCUAUGCUAAUUUAUGUUGGAUGAAAAGACAAUCCUGCAUAGUUCAACAGCAUAUAAGUGUUCUUAAAAAAACGGCUUGCGGCAUAACCAGUAUAAAUAUUGAUAGUAUAAAUAUUGUGUUUGGUUUUGAUUCUUCUGAUCGUGUUACUGAGGAUGUUUACACAAGCAUUAAAGAAAUGGCAGCUAAUCUCAUUCCAAGUUUUUUAUCUCCAAAUCUUCAAAUUUCUGUUGUUUUGUUUGGAAAAAAAUUAUACCAUUAUCCUGUGUUGAGAGAAAGUUUUAUCGAGGAAACCUUUAAGAAAGAAAUAAUAAAUAUGCCUUUGUUAGGUGGAAAGAUUGGAAUAAAGCCAUUAAUAGAAUAUUUGGAAACAGAAGUGUUUUCUAAGCAACUAGGAACCAAAAUAGAAAUGAGAAAUAUUUUGGUAUUGUUUACUCAUGCAUUAACAUUAGAUGUUGAUGCACCUUUGUUUGAAAAAUUGCAAAACAAUAGGGGGGUGAAGAUUGUUGUUGUUGGAAUGAACUUUAAUGAUAAUAAUAUAGAGAAAUGGAACAAUGCUGUUUCAUCCAAUGGUAAAGUUGUUGCAGUCACCAAAGAGCUGCCGCUGUUUUUUGGAGCAAUUGAAAGCUCUAUAUCUCAACUUUUAUCUUCUCCUCUCAUUUUGGAUCUUGUCAUUAUUUGGGGAACUCCUCUAACUGAGACUAAUCAAAUAUUUGAUGCUGAAAAAGAUUUUACUAUUAAACUUCUAAGAUUAUUCAACGUAUCUCCUGCAUAUGUACAGAUUGGUAUUAUUCAAUAUGGUAGAGAAGUGCAUACUGAAUACCGUCUUUCAGAUCUUGUCAGUAAUCAGCAGGCUGAAUCUGCAAUUAACAAAAUAGUUUUAAGAACGCCUGGUAACAACCUCAUUGCUGCAUUGAGAGAUGCAAGAAUUAAACUAUUUAAUUUAGAUAACGAAGAGAAAUUAAAAAAUGGAGUAAGACGAAACGCUCCUAAAUCUCUACUACUUUUUAAUACAAAAAAAUCUGCUGUGGAAGUUAAAGAACUUGAAGCUGAAUUUAUUAUUUUGAGGAGUGCAGGAACCAAAAUUGUGACAGUUACAUUUGAUUCAUCAAAUAAAAAAAUAUUUCAACAAAGUAACGAUGAUCACUCCUAUUUUUACGUGCAAAAUUUUCUUCAAUUCAAUGCUUUGCUACAACCAGUUUUUCAGCAGUUAUUACCAGAUCAAUGUGUCAGCAAACAGUGUCAUUAUUUUUCUAAGUGUUUUAUCUCUAAAGAACAAAUAGCGCAAUGUUUGUGCCCAAUAUGUUCCCAUGAGCUUCCUUAUGAACCUUUAUGUGGAGAUAAUGGCUUAACUUAUGCAAAUGAAUGUUGGAAAAGACACGAUGUUUGUUUACAUCAAAAGUAUAUUAACACUUUUAAAAAUGAGGCAUGUGGUAUUGAAGGUAAAAUGGAAAUAACCUUUUUAAUUGAUGUUUCAAAACAUAUGACUGAGCCUUUUGUCAAAAGUUUAAAAAGUUUUUUGAAAGCCACUAUUCAAAGCUAUUCAUUAUCUGCAAACAGCUCACAUGUAGGUAUUUUUACAUUUUCCGAUGAUAUUGAAGAGUUGCUAAAUAUAAACAAAGGAACUAGUACAGAAACAUUCUAUGAAGCUUUAUAUAAAAUUAGAACUAGCAAUGGGGGAAGGAAUUUGCAUAAAGCAUUUAAGUACUUGAAUGACAAAGUGUUUGUUUACAAAGGAAUAAAACAAGUUGUAGUUAUUUUAUCUACAGGUCUAGAUGAAAAAAGUGAACCAUUUGACAGUUUAGAUCGUUUAAAUACAAAAGGAAUAAAAAUAGUCACACUUUUAUUUUCGAAUGAAGAGUCUGUUAACUGGCUGGAGAAGAAUAAACAAAGUGCUAUUUAUGUUGACACAUUUAAAGGACUUCCAGGUGUUUUUGGGCAACUUGAAAAACAAAUUGGAACAGAGUAUGUGGAAAAGUUGGAUCUUGGUUUUAUAAUUGGUGCAUCAGGAGAAAAUGCUGAUAAAAUAUUUGCUGCUCAGAUAGAUUUUAUAUCUUCGGUACUGAAGUCUUACAAAAUCUCAACUGAUGCUACUUAUGUAGGUGUAGUAGCUAAUGGUGAUCAACCAAUAGUUUCAAUAAAACUUAAUGCAGUUUCCUCGUAUGAAAGUAUUGUUGGCUAUCUCAAGAAUUUAAAAUAUACUGGUGAAUCUAGGAAACUUAGUUAUGCAUUUCAAAUAGUGAGAACAUCUUUAUUUUCUGAAGAAAAUGGUGGUCGAGAGAGUAUACCAAAAACGCUUAUUGUUUUUUCAAACAGUGGUUUUUCCAUAGAUAUGAAUGAUUUAAGUGAUGAGGCACAAGCUUUGAAAGAUAUGGGCGUUAAAAUAGUGUUUAUAGCUCUUGGGGAGGAUGCCAGAUCUGAAAUGCUCAAGCAGGUUGUGGAUGUAUUUUUCUUUGCAGAAGAUCUUCCAAAUUUAAAAUACAUUCUUCAACCUGUUAUAUUUGCUACUUUACCAGAUUUGUGCUUGAAUUUCAACUGUCCUGCACAUAGUAAGUGUGUGCAACUACCAAAUAGAAAAACACAAUGUGUAUGCAACACUUGCCCAAUCAACUAUAAUUUGGUGUGUGGUGAUAACUUCCGAACAUAUGCAUCAGAAUGUCAUUUAAAUAUGGCUAGUUGUUUGGAAAAAAAGCCUUUAUUUUUAAGCAGCAAGAAUCCAUGUGAUGUUACAGGGUAUACAGAUCUCUUAUUUAUGUUGGAUGGUUCACAAUUAGUUUCCCAAAAUUCUUUUAAUGCCAUGCGUUACUUUACACAGGCAGUAAUAGGUGCAUACAAUCUUUCUAUGGCAUCUACACGUGUUUCAGUAGGAUCAUAUGGCAGCAUUGUAAAUAUUUCUCCGAGUUUUAGUGUUUCAAAAGAAUACUUAUACACAGAGCUUAAUAAUUUAAUUUCUGUGGGUGGAAAUCGAAGAAUUGAUCUUGCUUUAGAACAAGCAAGAAUGGAAUUCCUUUUAAAAUCAAGAAAAAAUUCAGAUAAGGUUGUUGUUAUAUUUACAGAGGGUCUUAGUGAUGCUACAGGAAUAGCACAACUUGAAAUUAUUGUAAAACUGAUGCAAUUGGAUGGCAUUGAAAUUGCAGUUAUUGCUAUCGGUCAAGAUACCACUGCUUUAAAAUGGAUGGCUAAAAGAGAAGAAAAUUUUAUGCAUACGAUUUCUGUCAAUAAUUUGUAUUCCUAUAUACAUGAUGUUCUUAUGUUGAGUAUGCCUGUUUCAGAACGUGUCAGCUUUUGUAAGCCAUCAUUGUUCUUCAGUUUUGGAAAUUCAUCUAGAGGUGUUGUUUAUGAUGAAUCUUCUAGCUUCCAAAAUGAUGGAAGUGUUUUUGGUAGUGUAUUCAUAAAUGAGAAUUCACAAUGUGGGCGAGGUGCUGAAUUUUCUGAUGGUUUUAUAAAAGUUGAUGGCAAAAAUUUCCAAGGUAAACCUAAGUUUGGUGUUACUUUUGCAACUUGGGUUUAUUUGGAGGAUAUUAUUGAACCCACUCAUCAACUUUUUGUUACAAUUGAUCCAGGAUGGAAAAACCCUCGAUACAAAUCAGUUUAUGAUUUUGGAGUUGCUGCUGAAGGAGCGAUACACUUUUCACAUAGAAAUAUUUUUGGUAGGCGAACUACACCAGUAAUAAAACCCAAAGUCUGGACACAUGUUGCGGCAACUUAUGACUUAAAAUCUAAUGAGGUGCAUAUAUUUGUCAACGGCAUAGAAAUUCAAAGUUUCACACGAGUUGACAGUAGGACUGGUAAUGAGCUUAGUCAAGAUUGGUCAGAAGAUGCUUCAAUUGGAAGAUUUGUUUAUGCACCAGGCUACGUUCGUAUGAUGCGUGGAAAAUUAGAUGAAUACUAUAUAUUUCCUUGUGCACUCACUCCUUCAAGAAUUAAAAAACUUGCAGAGAAACCUUGUACUGAGAAACCAACCGCAUGUACUUCCCUGAAAUGCAGGUUUUAUUCUGAAUGUCAUUUAAAUGAAAACGGUAAAGCUGCAUGUGUGUGUCCAAAUAGCUGCUCCUCUGCUCAACAGAAUUUAGUUUGUGGAAAUGAUGGACAAACCUAUCAAAAUAGUUGUUGGUUAAAAUAUCAUGCUUGUCUUAAAAGAAAACUUGUAGCCUUAUCUUAUAGUGGACCAUGUGAUUAUGAUAUAUUUUAUGGCGGUCAGUCAUAUCAAGUUAUUCAGACCCCCAACUUUCAUUUCAAUGCUUCUUUGGAUUUGUAUUUUCAACCAAUUAAUGACAACGGAUUGCUAUAUUAUGUUUCCAAUACAGCAGUUGAUACAAAUUAUGAUUUUAUGACGGUAUAUUUGAUGGAAGGUUAUGUACAUUUUAGGUUUAAAAGUGGUACAAAUGUUGCACAUAUUCGUUCUUUGAAGCAAGUUCUUCAAAAUAAUUGGAAUCUUGUUUCUAUUUCAAUGUAUAAUGGAAAUGGAAAACUUAUUUUGAAUGGAGAAAUGUCUGAAUUAACAAAUAUUGAAGGAAAUCAUAAAUUUAAAGUUGAUAGCCAAAGUUAUUUGGGAGGUUUAGACUCAAAAGCUAGAUUAAGUGAUAUUACCAAUGCUGGGUUUUCGUCAAUUGACUCAGCUACUUAUGGUUUUCAAGGAACCAUCAAAAGAUUUUCACUAAACAAUGAUCAAAUUAAUCUUAAUUUUCCUGGACCACAUGUUUUGCGUCAGUUUAAUAUCAUUUCUUCAUAUGGAAUCGAUCCUUGUAGAGAACAACCUUGUUUAUAUGGUGCCACGUGUAUUCCAACUAGUGCUCGUUCUUAUAAAUGUCGUUGUUCAUUGGGAUUUCAAGGAGAUAACUGUCAAAUUAGAGUUCACAUUUUGCCUCAAUCACCUGCUUACUUUAAUGGAAUAUCUUCUUUCUUGACUUAUCGACAAUUGCUUGAUGGAAAACAUCGACAUGAAAUAAGUAUAGAAUUUAAAACGGAACAUUCUGAUGGUUUGCUUAUGUAUGCACAAGGGCCUGUUGGCAUGCGUGAUUACUUUGUUCUAGCAUUGAAAAACAACAAGGUUUUAUGUAGUUGGGAUUUAGGAGGUGGUAACGCUACAAUUAUUAGUCAAAAGACUAUUUCACAUAAUAUCUGGACUAACCUACGUUUAUUAAGAGAUGAAAUGCGUGUGGAGAUGUUUUUUAAUCAACGUCGUGUUGCCAUGGGAAGCAGUCCUUCGCUUCAAAAAAUUGCGAACCUACAUACUACAUUUACUGUUGGAAAAGUUGAUAAACUAUUGCCAAACAAAAAGCAUCAUCCAGCAGUGUAUACGCCAUUCAAAGGUUGCAUUAGGAAAAUUGAAAUUGAAAAUAACAACCUUAAAUUCAGUAAGCCGGAACCGAAAUUAAUUAUAAGUAACGAUGUUACAUCAUGCAAAGAAUGUUCAAAAAACAUGGCACUUUCGUUUGUUGUCGAAAACUCAAACCUUUUUGGAAGCGAUGCAUAUGAAAACGCAAAGCAGUUUGUAAUGGCUUCAAUCGAAUAUUUUGAUUCUAAAAUAAUGCAAGUAAGCGUCGUUGAUUUUAACGCAGUUGCCAGUUUAAGAGUAGCAUUUAGUGUGCGAACUGUCGAGGAAACUCGACGUUUAGUUGAUCACCUAGAACAUGCAAAUUCCGACGGAUAUAAGGUAUCAAGUGCUCUUCAACUAGCUGAGGAACAAUUUUCUUUAGUGAGUGCAACAUCCAAAUUCGUUAUUUUAAUUGCUAGAGCCGAGUCGCUAGAUAGUUAUGAAAUUGACCGCGUUGCAAAACUAAAUAAAGAUUUUCAGGUAAAUGGAGUGUCGCUUGUUAUUGUUGCCAUCGGUAACGAAAAUGUUGCUUCUCAACUGGCGAAAAUAAUUCAAAGUAAAAAUAUAUUCAUUGCGGAUACUCCUGAAAAUAUCUUUGGUUCUGUUGUAAAGUUUCGUGAAAACAUUUGUGAGCAAUCAAAAAACUUUUAACAGAUACUUCUAAAUAGGAUUUGCUCUCAUAUUUUAUUUUUAAAAAUUUAUAAGUUAUAUAUAGAGUUUAUAUUAAAAAUUUUAAUUCAUCUAGUUCGGUAUAAAACAAAAUAUUUUUAUUGCUUUUUCUCAUGCUCAACAUUUAUUUAGCGACAAGAGGCGCGCCAGUGGAUCAUUUGUUUGGGUAAAAAUAAAAUUGUUCGCCGAUUUGCUUAAUUAAGCACGAUAAAUAUGCUCUACCUAAACAGUUUACAACUUCUAUCUUGUUUUCUAAUAUAAUCUUUAACGAUAUAAAUAUGUUUAAAAUAGUGGUCUGGAUAGGAAGUUGUACAAAAUAUAGGAAGUUUUAUAAAAAAAAAACUCCGUUUUUUUUUUAGCAUGUUUUGCUUUUUUAAAUUUUAAGUGAACUUUUCGAAUGGAAGAAACAUUUAUUAGCAUUCGCCAUCGUCCAAGUCAGAAAGUUUUUGAUGAAAAUUUUAAAAAAGAAACACAACUCGAUAAUGAAGAAAAGGCAUGUGAAGAAGAAGAAAAUAAAUUUAACUCUGCCUUAUCAAAUCUUUUAACAGAAGACAACUGGAAAAUUGUUUCUAAUGGAAAAGGAAAAUAUAACGUGAUUUUUAAACCUUCGUUAAAUUUUAAAGAAAGAAUAGAUAUCUUAGAAAUUCUUUUGGAAGAUAUUCGUGAGAGAUAUAUGGACUUAAAAGUUGAAUACCAAAGAUUAAAAAGAAUAUGCCUUCGACAGAAGAAAAAAAGGAGAUUAGGCUCUUAAAAAAUAAAGUUAAAAUUUCAUACACUUUUUAUACUGAUUUUCAAUUAGGAUUUAAAUUA